UACGUCUGGCCAGCGACGCAAUGACGUCAUUGUCGGUGUGCGGAAAGAGCGUUUCUGGAGCAGCAGACGUAACCAAAGCGGUGUUUUGAUAAUAAGGCGAUUCAAAACAGUUUGCCCUCACACACACAUUUAUUAAUGGCGCUUUCUGCAGGUAAGGCGGACCUGCAAAUGGAUAGAGAAUCCUUGAGUGCUCCGUCCGAUAACAGCAUCGAUAUCGACGAGGAAGAGUUGGAGAAUAUCACAAAGAAACACCGAGCCGGAGAAGACAACUCAACGCUGCCGUUGCACUCACCUUGGACCUUUUGGCUGGACAGGUCAUUGCCAGGCACAACAGCAGCAGAAUGCGAAUCCAAUCUGAAGAAGAUCUACACAGUGACAAGUGUUCAGCUAUUCUGGAGCGUCUACAACAACAUCCCACCAGUCACGGCCCUUCCUUUGAGGUGUAGCUAUCACCUCAUGCGGGGAGAACGGAGGCCACUCUGGGAAGAGGAGAGCAACGCAAAAGGAGGUGUGUGGAAGAUGAAAGUACCCAAAGAAAGCACGUCUGCAGUUUGGAAAGAAUUGUUACUUGCCAUCAUCGGGGAACAGUUUGCUGAUUAUUGUGCCUCAGAUGACGAGGUUGUUGGCGUCAGCGUAAGUGUCAGAGAUCGAGAGGAUGUCGUACAAGUUUGGAAUAAAGACGCCUCUCUUGCUAACGAAGCGACCAUCUUGGAAAAAAUCAACGAGCUUCUCCCGGACAUAUCUUUUAAAGCAGUUUUUUAUAAACCUCACAUGGAACAUCAUGCCUUUGAAAGAAGCCGUUCAAGACAUUAGAUAGUGUACGCUUAUUUUCUAUGAUUAUUAUUAUUAUUUUUUAUCAGAACUGCACCUGCCUUGACUGAAUGACACUGUCCACAAGAGAAUCAAAGGUGUUAUCAAUAUAUUUUUGUAGCGAUCAAAUAACCGAUGCCUUGUUUUAUUUGGACCGUUGAAAGAAUGUACAUCGAAACAUUGACUGAAUUUUCACAGUUUUUGUCAUGUCACUGUCGCACAGCUCGUACAGUCGUUUCCUUGUAUAAAGUUAGCUGCUAUUUUCUCGUCUACUUUCAACAAAUGUUUGCCUUUAUCCACUCGUACAAUGUUUAAGAAUGCUGUUAAGCUACCAAAGCAGUUUACAAACUGAAUCGCAAAUGACGAAAAUGUUUGUCUUCAUCAGUUGGAUGUGAAAUGUUAAAAUCGGGGGUAACGCUUGAAUGAGUCAGUCCUCUCACUCGGAAAGCCAUACGCAGCCGUCAUAUAGAUUUUCAACGCCGAAAUGUCUCUUUGAAUGUUCCAACCUACCGCAGCACAUUUGGCAAACUCUUUGAAUGCUGAGUGGGAAAAGUAGAACUUCACUUUCACAAAUGGAUCAUUUGAUAUGUUAAACACAAAUUGCACAUUGAUUUGUACUUGUCAGUACUUGUCAGUACUUGUUUCCAGUACCAAUAAAUCUUAGUAUGUCUUUUG